AUGGUGGCUGGAGCACUUAGGCGUGAUGUACUAGAGGGCGAGCUAGAAUAUGAGGGGAUGCAGCGACUGCACUAUUCGCGACAGAUGCCCGUCGUAUUUUCUGGGCGAAUUCCUGGAACCAAGCUUAGAAGUGGGAUGGGCCUUGUCCAGAACCCUGAAGUUGCAAACUACCGUGCCAGUCAUGUAAGCCUUCGAGCUAACAUUAUUCAUCAUUAUUUCCCUGCUUCUUAA